AUGUCAAGUGAUGAAAACCGGGUGAAUUUGAAGCAACGAAUGGUGAGCGCAUUAGCUGGAUCACUUACUACUGCACUAAUAUUGACUCCUUUAGAUGUGGUUAGAAUACGAUUACAGCAGCAGGAGCUUAUUCCAUCUUGCUUAUGUGUUGAUGAUUUGAAAACUGGUGAAAGCUUGGCGGUGAAACCAUUGUCGUCUGGGAAGCUGUUUUGGCAGGAUGAGUGUUUUCACAAAAUUGACUGUAAGGCUACAGCCACGAGGUUUACGAGUACAUGGGAGGCAUUAAUGACGAUCUCGCGUACUGAGGGGUUUACUACGCUUUGGAGAGGACUUUCUUUAACAUUGUUAAUGGCGAUUCCGGGCAAUGUUGUGUAUUUCUCUGGUUACGAGGUAUUGAAAGAAAAGUCCUUCCUGCGUCACAAUCAUCCGCUUUUGAAUCCAGUAUUCUGCGGUGCGUUUGCUAGGAUGCUAGCAGCAGCUACAGUUGCUCCUUUAGAGCUGAUUAGGACUCGGUUUCAAAGUAUUCCGCGAUCUUCAACUGGUAUAAGUUCGCUGAGUAUGUUCAAGGACUUACUAAAAGAGACUAGAAUGGAAUUAUCGGUACAUGGUUAUAGAGCGCUAUACAGAGGACUGCUGCUAACAUUAUGGCGGGAUGUGCCAUUCAGCGCUCUGUAUUGGGGGGCAUACGAGUAUUAUAAACAGCAUUACUGGAUUAACACAUCAAUUAUAUACCGUUCUAAAAGCAAUAGUUGGGAAUAUUUCUUCAAUGGUCUCAUUGGUGGUGGUAUUAGUGGUACCAUUGCAACUCUUAUUACUCAUCCCUUUGAUGUUGGGAAGACCAGAAUGCAACUAGAGGUUCUGAACUCUGAGAAGAAUGAUAAAAAAAGUACUGGAGGCAACAAAACUACUAAUAUCUUCAGAUUCUUAAACAAUAUCAGAAGAACAGAAGGUAUUAAAGCUUUAUAUACCGGCUUAGUACCUAGAGUAGCGAAAGUUACGCCCAGUUGUGCGAUUAUGAUUUCAACUUAUGAAUUAUCGAAGAAAUACUUCACUUCCUGA